AUGAUUAUUCCUAUCAGAUGCUUUACUUGUGGAAAGGUAAUUGGAUGUUAUUUGAAUCAUUUAGGUAGUAGGCCAUUUAUGGAGUGAUUAUGUGCAAUUACUCUAAGAUGGAGUGACAACUGGAGAAUCCUUAGAUAGAUUGGGUUUGGAGAGAUAUUGUUGCAGAAGAAUGAUAUUAACACAUGUAGAUUUGAUAGACAAAUUGCUAAACUAUAAUAGUAAUUGUAAAGAGUAUUUCUAGUUUACAAAACACUGUGA